AUGAGUUGUUUCUCGUGUUUCUCUUCGAAAAAUACGGACAAUGAAGGUUCUUCCAUUCCUGCUCCAAGCUCACCUGAUAACCUGAGAGAGAGAAGAACUAGAGAAGUCGCGGCCAGGAAUGGAAGACCAUCGGACAAUACAAAGAUUUUCACUUUCCGUGAGUUAGCCACCGCGACAAGUAAUUUCAGACAAGAAAACCUCAUCGGCGAAGGCGGGUUUGGGCGGGUUUAUAAAGGAAAGCUCGACAAAGGACAGAUCGUGGCAGUGAAACAACUUGAUAAGAAUGGAUUACAAGGAGAGAAAGAGUUCGUGGUCGAGGUUUUGAUGCUUAGUUGUCUUCAUCAUUCAAAUCUUGUGAAUCUCAUUGGCUAUUGCGCCGCUGGAGACCAAAGAAUUCUUGUUUACGAGUAUAUGCCUCUUGGAUCCCUUGAAGAUCAUCUCUUCGAUAUUGAACCGAAUCAGAAGCCACUAGACUGGAACACGCGUAUUAAGAUUGCUUUAGGAGCGGCAAAAGGACUAGAGCAUCUUCAUGACAAAGCUGAUCCUCCAGUGAUUUAUCGAGAUCUUAAACCAUCAAAUAUAUUGCUAAACCGAGAAUUUGUCGCCAAACUAUCAGAUUUCGGUUUAGCAAAGCUUGGUCCUGUUGGAGAUACUACUGGAGAGACACUUAACGUGUCUUCCCGAGUUAUGGGAACAUACGGUUAUUGUGCUCCUGAGUAUCAAAGAACCGGCUAUCUAACGGUUAAAUCAGAUGUCUACAGCUUUGGAGUUGUGCUGCUGGAACUGAUAACCGGAAGACGAGUUAUCGACACAAUGAGACCAAGUCAUGAACAAAAUCUGAUUACUUGGGCACAACCUAUUUUCAGAGAUCCCAGUAGGUUUCCGCAGCUAGCUGAUUCAUUGCUUCGAGGCGAAUUCCCGGAAAAGAGUUUGAACCAAGCUGUGGCUGUAGCGGCGAUGUGUCUGCAAGAAGAACCAACGGUUAGACCACUAAUGAGCGAUGUUGUUACAGCACUCAGCUUCCUUGGCCCAUACUCCAGUACUGGCCCUAACCAUUUGUAACAAGAUGGGUUUGAGAACUAUCAUGAUGCAGUUCAGGGGAAUUAAAGUCCUAGAAUAAGUUAAACUCGCGAGUUUAGACAUUUCA